AUGGUGGUCUGGAACAACAGUGAUACUAUGGAGCCUUUAUUUAUCCUGAAGGGAUUUCCUGGACUGGAGUAUGUUCACUCUUGGCUCUCAAUCCCAUUCUGUUUUGCAUACUUGGUAGCAUUUGUUGGUAACGUUACUAUUCUCUCUGUCGUUUGGGUAGAGUCCUCACUCCACCAGCCCAUGUAUUACUUCCUUUCCAUCUUGGCACUCACUGACCUCGGUAUGUCCCUGUCCACACUUCCUACCAUGCUUGCUGUGUUAUGGUUGGAUGUUCGGGAAAUCCAGGCAAGUGCUUGCUAUGCUCAGCUCUUCUUCAUACACACAUUCACGUUUUUGGAGUCCUCAGUGCUGUUGGCCAUGGCCUUUGACCGUUUUGUUGCUAUCUGCCGUCCACUGCACUAUACCACCAUCCUCACCAAUAGUAUAAUAGUCAAGAUUGGCUUGGCCUGCUUGUUCAGAAGCAUGGGAGUGGUACUCCCUACACCAUUGCUACUGAGGCGCUAUCACUACUGCCAUGUCAAUGCUCUCUCUCAUGCCUUCUGCCUGCAUCAGGAUGUUCUGAAAUUAUCCUGUUCAGAUGCCAGGGUCAACAGUGUUUAUGGGCUGUGUGUUGUUAUCGCCACACUGGGUGUGGAUUCUCUCUUCAUUCUUCUUUCUUAUGUCCUGAUUCUGAAUGCUGUGCUGGGCAUUGCAUCUCGUGAAGAGCGGCUAAAGGCACUCAACACAUGUGUAUCCCAUAUCAGUGUGGUGCUUAUCUUUUUUGUGCCUGUUAUUGGGGUAUCAAUGGUCCAUCGCUUUGGGAAGCACCUGUCUCCCAUAGUCCACACCCUUAUGGCUGACAUUUACUUGCUUCUUCCCCCAGUGCUUAACCCUAUUGUCUACAGUGUCAGGACAAAGCAGAUUCGUCUAGGAAUUCUCCGUAAGUUUAGAUUUGGGAGAAGGCUUUAA